CAGUUCACAGUUCUCCUCCGCUAGUGUGUGAGCGAGUGUCUCUCUCUCUUUCUCUCUCUCUCACUCUCUCACAUUAAAGAAAGAGAAAGAGAAGAGAUUGUUUACAAGUGUUUGUUGUGGGAGAUAUUUUGCGGGUGUUGUGUGUUGCUGCGAAAUAGCUCGUGGUCAUCUUCCUCUUGUUCUUCUUCGUCCUCCUCCUCCUCUUCCUCCUCCUCCUCCUCUUCUUCUUCUUCUUCUCCUCCUCUGUCUUCCUCCUUCUCUGUGUCAUCUUCCUCCUGUAACUCUUCCUUCUUCGUCUCUUCUUCUUCCUCCUCCUCCUCUUCCUCUUUCUUCUCCUCCUCCUCUUCCUCCUCCUCCUCUUCCUCUUCACUAACGCCACUAGCAACAACUAAAACAACAACAACAACAACAUAAGGAUGGGGUGUUUUGGCAGCAAAGAGAAACUGUCGAAGGAGGACUUGGAGUUUCUCAAAUCACACACGAGAUACGACGAACAAAUGAUCAAGGAGUGGUACAAAGGCUUCAGGCAAGACUGCCCCAGCGGCCGCCUCACGCCUGACAAGUUCGUCGACAUGUACAAAAUGUUCUUCCCGUCUGGCAACGCCGAGGAGUUCUGCGACCACGUCUUCAGGACCUUCGACAUGGACAAGAACGGAUACAUUGACUUUAAGGAGUUCCUGUUGGCUAUUGACGUGACCAGCGCGGGCACGCCGGAGGAGAAGCUCAAAUGGGCCUUCAGGAUGUACGAUGUGGACGGCAACGGUGUGAUAGACGUCUCCGAGAUGACCAAAAUUGUACAGGCUAUAUACGACAUGCUGGGCACCAACUCCGCCAGCCGCCCCGCCGACAGCGCCGAGGAGCGGGCCAAAGCCAUAUUCUCCAAGAUGGACGAAAACAAUGACGGGAACCUGACCCAAGAAGAAUUCCUCAAGGGCUGUUUGCUUGACGAGGAGCUGAGCAAGAUGCUGACCCCGGGGGCUUAAAGUGACCCUGGGGGAGUUGAGAUUCACCCUGGGGCUUAAUACUCCUUUCAACCCUUUCCCCCGGCCCCCCUCAGCACAACCACCACGGGGCCUGUCCUAUCCCCAGCAUCUCCCACAGGGGUGUAAUCUUCCCCUGGGGGAUUAGAGAUUUACCCUGGGGCUUAAUACUCCUCUCAAUCCUUAUCCUGCCCCCUCCCCAUCACACCACAGGGGCUUUUUCUACCCCCACCAUAUUACCCUUCGGGCUAAAUCUUCCCCUGGGGGCAUAAAGACUUACCCUGGGGCUUAAUACUCCUGACCUUUCCCCAGCCCCCUUCCCAGUCCCCCCAGCACACCACAGGGGCUUUUUCUACCCCCAUUAUCCUCCCACAGGGGCCUAUUCUUACCCCGGGGGCUGAAUCGACCCUGGGGGACUUUGCGAUUCACCCUGGGGCUUAAUACUCUUUCCAAGCCUUCUCCAGCCCCCUUCCCAGUCCCCCCAGCACACAACAGGGGCUUUUUCUACCCCCAGCAUUUACCACAGGGGCUAUAUCUUACCCUGGGGGCUAAUCCUCUUUCUCACUCUCGCUCAGCCCCCAUAGACCAACUUUCUCAGCCCCCCAGCACAACACAGGGGCUUUUUCUACCCCCCAGCAUCUCCCACAGGGGCUAAAUCUCACCCUGGGGCUUAAUACUCCUUCAGACCCUUCCCCAGCCCCCCCACACAAGCCCCCUCUCAUCACCUGGCUCAACUCUUUCUGUGGUAGACCCAUUUUUCAGCCCCUCUCAUCACUCAGACCCCUUUCACUCAGCCCCACAAAACAGCCCCCAUUUUCAAACAGCCCCCCACAGAAGCCCCCUCUCAUCAUCCGGGUCAACUCUUUAUGUGGUAGACCCAUUUUUCAGCCCCCUCACUCAGACCCCUUCCAUUCAGCCCCCAAAACAGCUCCUUCAUUGCCUACUACUACUACUACCAUUACUACUAUUACUACUACUACUAGCCCUAUUUCAGCCCCAUUUCAGCCCCCACCUCUCACCAUGCCACAAAUUAUCACAGCAUUCUCAGCCCCCUACACAAACCUCACUGCCCCUCACAACAGCCCCUUACAAUAGCUCCCCCCCCACCCCACCCCACCCCCCCCACCUCCAACUCAGCCCCUUCCUCUGUAUCAUAUAUUAGAUAGGCCUUGAAACAUUUUAGACCAUUGAUUGCAGUCCCCUACUACUACUACUACUACUACUACUACUACUACUACUACUACUACUACUAAUCUCUCAUUCAUUCAGUCAGUCAGUCACGAUGUAUUCUCUCUCUCUCUCUCUCUCUCUCUCUCUCUCUCUCUCUCUCUCUCUCUCUCUCUCUCUCUCUCUCUCUCUCUCUCUCUCUCGCUCUCUCGUGUGUGUGUGUGUGUUUGUGUGUGUGUGUGUGUGUUCCUACGUUGGUUUCGCUGUUAGAUAGAUAGAUAGAUAGAUAGUUAUGAAAGAAAGAGUUGUAUAAGUGAAUUACUACUACUUCUACUACUACUACUACUACUACUACUACUACUGCUGUCUGUCUGUCUGUCUGUUAAAAUGCCAUACAACGACCAUACAGUAGGAUAUGCCCCUCCUCCUCCUCCUCUUCCUCUUCCUCCUCCUCCUCCUCCUCCUCCUCCUCACACAAAGCCACUAUAUAUGCAUUUAAAUAAGGUCUCAAUUAUUAUUAUUAUUAUUAUUAUUAUUAUUAUUAUUAUUAUUAUUAUUAUUAUUAUUGUCAAUACUUGUCAUUUUCGUGUAUGUCUGUGUUGUAAGUUUUAGAUAAGUAUUCUCUCUCUCUCUCUCUCUCUCUCUCUCUCUCUCUCUCUCUCUCUCUCUCUCUCUCUCUCUCUCUCUCUCUCUCUCUCUCUCUCUCUCUCU